UCCCCCCUUCUCUCCCUCCUUCUCUGCCUCCUUCUCUCCCCCCUUCUCUCCCUCCUUCUCUCCCCCCUUCUCUCCCUCGCUCCCCCUGUCUCUCCCCCGACGAUGCUGCCGCGGAGGUUCCGAGUGCUGAUCGCCACUGUGUUGCUGGUCGGGGGGACCAUGCACAUCCUGACCGACCUGCUGCCGAGGCUGGAGAAGCGGGCGGCGGCGGCGACGGCGGGGGAAGCCGGAGCGGGAGCGGCGGGGGCCGGGGCCGGGGCUGGGGCCGGGGGAGGCGGCUGCCCCUGUCACCACCGGCCGCAGGGCUGGGACAAACACACUCUGCGGAUCCUGCAAGACUUCAGCAGCAGCGACGCCGCUCCCGCCGCCGCCAACCGCAGCGGCAAGAGGCUGGUGGGCGAUGGUGCAGACCCCCGGUCCGCUGGAAACCUCCCACCCUCCAAACUGGCCGCUCUGUUCCACCACCCCAUCUACCAGAGAUCCGAGGCACCUCUCCGACCCCAGGAUAUACUCUUCAACGUCAAGUCGGACAUCAGAUUCAACCCCAAAUCCGCCGCUCCCCGAGACUGGGCCAAUGAAGAGGAGGGUUACGCGGCCGCUGGUAGUGAGACCGCCAUUGACUCCUACCCCAACUGGUUAAAGUUUCACAUCGGGAUAAACCGCUACGAGUUGUAUUCCCGCCACAACCCUGCGAUCGAUGGGCUGCUGGGCGACCUGGCUACUCAGCAGAUCUCCAGUGUUGCGAUGAAAUCUGGAGGCACUCAGCUGAAACUCAUCAUGACGUUCCAAAACUAUGGGCAGGCCCUCUUCAAGCCGAUGAAACAAACCAGGGAGCAGGAAACUCCGCCAGACUUCUUCUACUUCUCCGACUAUGAGCGGCACAACUCGGAGAUUGCUGCCUUCCACUUGGACAGGAUCCUGGAUUUCCGACGGGUGCCCCCAGUGGCCGGAAGACUGGUCAACAUGACAAGGGAGAUCCGUGACGUCACGCACGACAAGAAGCUCUGGAGGACCUUCUUCAUCUCUCCAGCCAACAACAUUUGCUUCUACGGGGAGUGCUCGUACUACUGUUCCACCGAGCACGCGCUGUGCGGGAAGCCAGACCAGAUCGAGGGCUCGCUGGCCGCCUUCCUCCCGGACCUGGCCCUGGCCAGGCGGAAAACAUGGAGGAACCCCUGGCGACGUUCCUACCACAAGCGCAAGCGAGCAGAGUGGGAGGUGGACCCUGACUACUGUGAGGAGGUGAAGCAGACGGCUCCGUACAACUCCGGCACACGGCUCCUCGACCUCAUCGACAUGACUGUCUUUGACUUCCUCAUGGGUAACAUGGACCGGCACCAUUACGAAACCUUUGAAAAGUUUGGAAACGAUUCGUUUAUUAUUCAUCUGGACAACGGAAGAGGGUUUGGUAAACAUUCUCAUGAUGAGCUUUCCAUUCUGAUGCCACUAAGUCAGUGUUGUCGAAUCAAGCAAUCAACCUACUUCCGUCUGCAGUUGCUGGCAAAAGAAGAAUACAAGCUGAGCGAGUUAAUGGCGGAAUCUCUGUUCAACGACAAGCUCUCCCCCAUUCUCAUCGACGCCCACUUAAAAGCAAUGGACAGGAGAGUGAGGAUCGUUCUAAAGACAGUCAGUGACUGUGUGGAGAAAGACGGUCACGGCAGCGUGGUGGCAAACGAUGUGGACUUCAAAACCAAUUUUGCCUCCGCCGACAGGUAGUCGAGGAACACGACACCCUCUCUCCCUUUUUUUACUCCUCCAAGUGAGAUUUGGGAGUCUUGCAGAGACUGGUGACCCAAGUUACUUUUUUUGAAUUCAGUGAAUUCAGAACAGAGAUGUAAUUGUUUCCAAAUAUGUAAAGUAGAGAAUCCGUCACAGAUUAUUAUAAUUAAAAAGUUUCUAAGUUAAGGCA